GCAACCAGCCACAAAACUCAGCUUUUGCAAGCGCGUGAAGGCGCACGAGUUGUGAAACGCAGCUACUGUUACGCAUUCGUCGACGCCAGCGCUGCGGCGGCUUCCGCACCCACUCGUAUUGCCCCAAACACCGGCCGCAAGGCACAACCAGCUGCAGAUUCGACAUACGCAUUGCGCUGCGGGCGGCCGCACGACGAAUUCAGACUCCAAAACGCCUGAGCAAAGACCAGCGCCUCACGCCAUCGAGCAGCGCGCAUCAUGCGCGCACCUAGAAUAGCCGCAACGCACCAGGAAUGCAAGGUCGUCAAGAUCAGCGGCGUAGCCAUGGCCCUCUGGUUUUUACUGGUUCUCUUCGCGACCGAGAGCAACAAGGCGCCACCGCCGGAAGCGAUGCCGAGCCGCGCCAAUGAGUACUGCUCGGCGCCGCUGACGAGCGGCGACGAGGGCGGCAGCGACGUGACGUCUGUCACGGUCGUCGUGCGCCAUGGCGCGCGGUCCGGCAUUGCCACAGAAGUUCAGGACUGGAAGUGCGGCCUCGGAGCCUUGAAAUCGCACGUCAAGCGGUGGGAGGCCGCGUCGGGCAACGAGCUAACACCUGAAACGAGCCACGGCACCUGCGAGAAGGGCCAGCUCGUCGCGCGCGGCUUCCGCCAACAUAAGAGGCUGGGCGCGUUCCUCCGAAGUCGCUACGGCGGCACUUCAUGGCAAGUAACUACCCGCUCCACGAACUACCAGCGCACGAAGGCGUCGGCUUCAGCGUUCCUCGACGGCUUCUUCGGCGGACGCGUGCCCAAAGACGCGUGGCCGUCCUUCCGAGAAAACGCUUCGGAAGAGCCGAUGUUCGGGGUCGAGGGCGAGGACGGCAAGGGCAUCCGCUGCGUGAGAGCUGCGGCGGACGCCAAGCGGCAGCGCGAGGCGUGGCAACCCGGCGAGCUCGCCGACGCCGUUGCGAGUAUCGAAGACGCGGCUUGGAAUCCUACGGACGUGGCCGACGUCGCGUACUCGCGCCACUGCGAGAAGACCGGCUGUCUGAGGGACGGGCACGCCGGUCUGGGGGACGGGCAAGGUUGCGUCACCGGUUCUAAAGCGGAGGCUUUGUUCAGACUCGCGGACAAAUUUUACUACGGUCGGUAUAAUGGUAAUGACGGCGGCCGGGCCGCAUCUAGAUUGGGAAUGCACCCCUUCCUCUCGGAGCUGUUGCGGAACUUCAAGGACGACUCUGAGUCUUCAGAAAAGCGCCUGCGCCUCUACGCGGGCCACGACACGGUCGUCGCGCCGCUCCUGGCGGCGCUAGGCGUAUUUGAUGGGAAAUGGCCGCCGCUCGCGUCGCGCAUCGUCUUCGAGCUUAGGGAAGGCGGGGCGCUGCGCAUCUUGUUCAACGGCCGCGACGUGUCUGGCGAGGUGUGCGGCGCGGUCGGGGACGAUCUGGAAGGAGGGCCGCCCGGCGCGCGCGGCUGCGACGUGGCGGCCUUCGAGGCGCGCGUCGCGGCGUUGCUGGGCGGCGCGGCGUCGUUCGACGAGGCGUGCGGGAACUGAGCACUGUUGUCUGCUAAGUGUUGUUGUCCAUAAUUACCUUGGGUUGCUGA